CGCUGCUGUGUCAGGCUGUGGCCCCGACUGCUUAGAAACCUACCCUCGCGCCAGGCGAUGGGGCCCCCGCGGAGAGGCAGCAGCUAUGCCGAGGGCGGCGAGGGCCACGGCGGCGGCAAAGGCUAUCCCAGAGACGGUGUUGAUGGACGUGGCGACCGCCGUGACUUGGGGCGACCGCGGCGAUCGCCGCGGCUGGGGCCCCCGUGCUGGCGGCGCUCGUGAUGGCCAAGGGGGUCGUCGAUCUCGGCGUCGGCCCCGCGGCCGCGCCUCCGACCUGAGCGACGAGGCCGCGACGUCCAGGGGGAUCGAGUGGCCCGGGCGCUUCGUGGCCAAGAGUGGCCCCGAAUAUGCGAACUUCUUGGCAGAGACCCGCCGGGCCAAGGACGAGGUGCAGCGGCGGGCCCGGGGCGAGAACCUCGCGGUGGCCAUGAAGUCCCAUUUCGAGGAGCACAUGCUGCAGAUCUGUGUCCAGAGCUUUGGCCCCCAGUCGGUGGCCGCUCCGCCGAGUGCUGGCCCAGGCGGACUCUCACCAGGCGUGCCGUUGGCGAGUGGUGCGACGACGACGCCAUUUCCUCCGGUGCCGCCGACGCCGCCGACCGCGCCGGUUUCGUUGUCGCAGGUGGCGAAGGCCUGGCUCCAGAGCCUCGUCGGUGCGGCGACGGUCCCCCCGGGCCAGUCUAUGGAGAACAUCGCGAAUUUCUUCGCCGAGUGCAUUUUCAAGGGUAGCGAGGCGAAGGAGAGGGUCAGGUUGAUGAUUGUCCUGGGUGGCGUCGGGAAGUUUACUCGGAGACAUUUUAAGCAGCGGGCGCCACGCGCUGCUGACAUCCUCUACGGGCCUGAGUGACAUCGGGUCACGUUUCAGUCCAAGUAUCCGAACGAGAGACCUCAAACCAAAGGGCCUCAGGAAAGUACAUGGUGGAAUUUCAUGAGGGACAUGAGUGGUCCCACAACGACAUGCAGUUCUACAUGGUCUUCUCCGUGCUCCGAAUUUCCGUUCCGUGGUCAGUAUCAGUAUAUCAAUGGCAGUACAAGUCGAUGUUUUCAGGCGUUUUGGCGGCAGCCCGCCCUGCUUUUCAAUGUCAGUUUCCUCUCCGUUCCCAGGGUCAACAGAUCUGGUCGUGAUAAUCACACGAAUGCUCUGUAUUAUGUGGUCUCGCUAUGUGCGUACUAUUCUAUGAAGCUUGCUGGUCGCUCUCAGGUGUUUCUUCUGGUGAAGAGUUAAGGUCGGAUCCAGAUGUGAGCUACUUUAGUUUCGCGGCCGCAAGCCCAUCGUCAUCGACAGUUUCAGCAGAUAUGUAACGGUCCUCUUUCACGGCGGCCUCUGAUGUCGCGCAGGUCUGGUGGACCCUGCACGUCACCCGCCGCACCGAGGCCAAGUGCGUUCAGAUGCUCGCCCGCCGUGGGCUUCCCCUCCAGGAAUUACAGCCUCGAGGGUGAGGCCCAGUCUCGGCCUCCGCCAGCCGGGCUGCCGCCGCCGCACUUUCGUGGGCGACCCGUUAGGGCAGGAGCUGGGUGGAGGUAAGUGGAUCCCUCUGGCGUGUUGUGUGGUCAGGCUUUUGGCCUCCCACGCUGAAUUUGGGGCACUCCUCCUCUUCCCCCUCCCCCCC